AUGUUCAAAUCACGCCCCAAACUCACAGAUGGCAAAGAAAAACGUGCCUUUGCAAUGAAACAGUACUCGGCUGAGGAUCCAAAUAUCCCCUUGAAAAAAGAUUGGUCGGAGACAUGGUGUACCCUGCCACAACCUUUCGAUACAGUGCUAAACGAAGUUCUCAACUAUGAGGUGCGUAAGGAUGAUGUCUUUGUAUGCACCUUUAUUAAAUGUGGUACCACCUGGAUGCAAGAGACCGCUUGGUUGUUGCUGAACAAUUUGGAUUUUGAGAAGAGUAAACAAAUCGCUCAGACCCUAAGAUCACCAUUUAUUGAUUUCCAUGGCAUUAUUCCCACGGCUCCCAAUCCCAUUGAAUAUAGCAAAACAUUGUCCAGUCCCCGUCUGCUGAAGACCCAUAUGCCGGCGAAUUUGGUGCCAAAACAAAUUUGGGAACAAAAGACAAAGGUCAUCUAUGUUGCCCGCAAUUGCAAAGAUGUCGUUGUAUCCUCCUAUCAUUUCGCCAAAAAUCUACGCCUCUGGUCUGGUGAUAAUAUCGAAGAUUUUGUUAAUGAUUUCAUUAAUGAUGAUAUUUUAUAUUGUAAUUAUUGGACGCACAUUAUUGAUUUUUGGAAAAUGCGUAACGAAGAGAAUAUCUUUUUCACUACCUAUGAGGAGAUGAAACGCGAUUUGGGUUCAGUUGUCCAACGGUUGUGCACCUUUUUGGGUAGACCCCAAUUGACCGCGGAGGAAUUGCCAAAGACAUUGGAAUAUUUGUCAUUCGGACAAAUGAAGGUUAAUGACAAAACAAAUAUUACCACUGCCCUGAAGGAACAAAUUACCACAGCCAAGGAAGAUUUCCAAUUUAUGCGCCGUGGCAUUGUUGGCUCCUUCAAGGAUGAAUUGACCCCGGAAUUGCAGGAAAAAAUUGAUAACUGGUCUAAGAACUAUUUGGCCCAACAUGGCCUGACUGAAGAAGAUAUUUUUGGCAAGCUAUAA